AUGGAGGACUUAAUACCGGUGCUUCGCGCAGAGGAGACCCAGAGCUCUCAGUCCGCAUACCAGGAGCCGGUGCCAAUCUCGGCGGACGUGCCCAUGACGGCACCACGACAGAGUUCUUCGUCCAGAUACCAGGGUUCGGGGCUGGUCUCUCAGGCGGCGUUGUAUGCACGAGCGCCGCCGAGCCAUCAGUCCCAGCAUCAUGCAUCGGCGCCAGUCUAUAACCCUCCAGCGUCAACCUUCAUCGUUGAAAACGAGAGCACCGAGUCGAAGACUGCGGGCGAGCUCGCAGCCGAGAGGUUGGUUAGCAGCCUGCUCGUCUUCCAAAAGUCAGACGGCAGCUUCGUCUUCAACAGCAACGAGAAGAUCAAGACCAUGUUGGGGCCCUCUUUCUUCCAGAUCGCGGCCGGACUCAAGACCAAGCUCGCCUUCGGGGACUCUGCAACGGCCAGGGCGACGGUGCCUGACGCGAUUUUGACGGUGGCAAUUGUGGCCCUGCUGGAGGAGCAGUUCCAGGCUUGCCAGGCGCUGUGGGUGCUGAUGGUGCGCAAGGCAAAGGACUACAUCUCGGGGUGCACCUUGAACGGGACGGCGGAGGAACUGGUCUGGGAGGCCAAGCAAGACAUGAGGACCAUGGGGUCCGUCAUGGAUGAGCUGAAGGACGCGAGCGCCGCGGCGGGGGGCGUGGACGAGCUGCGGACUGCUCCAAUGUUGUGA